AUGAAUGAGAUAGUGGAAGCUUUGGCCUUCCUUCUGGGGUUUCUGGCCUGGCUGAUGGUCGGGAUCGCCAUUCCUAAUCGCUACUGGAAGGUCUCGACAGUGGACGGUAACGUUAUCACCACAUCAACCAUCUAUGAAAACCUCUGGAUGUCCUGUGCAACUGACUCUACAGGAGUUCACAACUGCCGGGAUUUUCCAUCUUUGCUCGCACUUAAUGGGUACAUCCAGGCCUCCCGGGCGCUCAUGAUCGCGGCCAUCGUGUUCGGGACGUUUGGUCUCGUGGCGACUCUUGUUGGAAUGAAGUGCUCAAAAAUAGGCGGAGAAAACUACAUCCUGAAGGGAAGGAUCGCUGCGAUUGGAGGAGUGUUCUUUGUACUGCAGGGGAUGUCCACCAUGAUUGCUAUAUCUUGGUAUGCUGCCAACAUCACACAGGAGUUCUUUGACCAGUUCUACCCGGGGACAAAGUAUGAGAUCGGGGAGGGUUUGUAUAUCGGCUGGUCGUCAGCCACACUCGCCCUUUGUGGAGGUGCGUGUCUGAUGUGCGCCUGCAAGGUCGACACACCCGAGGGGAAAACUCCUUAUCCAUACCAACCAUCCUCCAGAGGACAUGUGCAGUCGCCUGUGGCAAAGUCCCAGUUGGUCCCCGGCAACUAUGGUCGAAACGCAUAUGUCUGAGAGGAGACGAAGGGAACGUCAUCUCGAAGUCAAUUCACAAGAUGAAAUGCACGAUGAGAAGGAUUUACAAUGGUAACCAUGACAGAGCCUCAUGAUCACUUUCUAUAGGAGCAGCAACCUUGAUUUGAUUUAUUCUGGCUUUAUCCAAUCUAAAGCUUUUAAUGAUAUAUAGAUAUAUUAUAUAUAUAUAUAUAUAUAUAUAUAAAUAUAUAUAUAUGCAAUUGACCUUACUAGUUUGCUGUCGCUUUACAAAGACAAACUGCAACAUAAUGAAAACUGUGACCGGCUAAACAUUUGUUACAGUGUUGAUCACAUAUAAUAUGAUAGACUAACAUGAAUGUGGUGGUGGUGAUACCACUAUAAGUAUAACAGCCUUAAAUAAGUGCAUAUAACACCAAAUCGCACGUGUCCUGUCCUCUGUGUUAAUGAUUGCUACAGGUUGACCUUAUCAUACAGAAAGCUGUUCAAUGAAAGUGUGGAUCCUCUGACCAUAGAGGGUGUGCUACUUCAACAUUAUUUUAAUUGAAGAUUAGAUUUUUUUAAACUUCUCUAUCACUCCCACUAGGACUUGGAAUGGGCAAUCAGAAAUAUAUUAUCCUCAGAUUCCCUUCACCUUUUUUCAAAUUGAGUUAAAGUUUCUGAAGUUUGUAUCUAAAGUGUUGUAAUCCUUUGUAAUAUCUGUGUAUCUUGUAUAUUAAACUGGCCAUCAGGUGUAAUGGUCAAGAAAGAUGAGAGCCGCUCUACUUCCACAAAACCCAUCACUUCUUGGGGCUGUGCUACAAAUUCAAAUUAAUUGUCUCUGCAAAAUAUAAAAAGCUCAAAAUCUCUUCCCAUUUAGAAAUGAAAAGACAAUACCAGAAAUUUCUGAAAUCUGCUGAAUCAAUAAUCUAGCUGGUCUUUAAGUAAAUAAAGCUCUUAGUAGAAUGAUCUAAUAAUCUAUCAAAAUAUAUCAGUAAGAGAGAGUAAAUCUGACGGUGCAAGUCAUGGAGGAAAUGUAUUACUUUAACGUUGAACUGGAACCAGUUAUAUUUACACCAGGGCUUUCCCACACUGAUUGUAGUUGACGCUCAUCUUUGAACCAGAAUAAUUGAGUAAAGGGUUCAAACUCAUAUAAACAUUGCUAAGUUGUGUGCAUUAUAAUCUAUUUUAGCACACAUGUGUA